AAUUUGGGUGGGUCACUGUCACAGCCACAAUUCUACUACCGCCAACCCAUUCAAUACGUACGCGCUUUUGCAGAUUUAUUUUUUUCCACGAAUAUUUGCCAUUUUCACCACAUCACAAACCAAUAAAACGCAUGAUUUCAUACCAAUUGUCCAGCCAGUGUGCCCCUUGUUCAGCUGUGUGAAGAAAAUACCCCAAAUUCUGUGUGAUUUCUUGCAAGGUUCUUUCGCCCCAAGAUCUCUCCUGAGAUGGAUGAUGUUAUUAGUGAUCAAGAUAAAGUGAGAAUUGUGUCUGAUUUCAUACUUCACGCACCACCAGGUGAAUUCAAUGAGGUGUUCAAUGAUGUACGCGAAUUGCUGAAGAAUGAUGCCCUGCUGAAGGAAGGAGCUUCAGCGGCAUUUGCCCAAUACAACAAAGAUCAAUUGACGCCCGUGAGACUGGAGAAUGCCGAACAUCCCGGCCUUAUAACAGAAUUCAAUGAUUUGGGCGGUGGGCGUUUUUUCGAUCAGCGCUCAAAGCAGUCCUUCAGGUACGAUCACCUGAGAAAAGAGGCGUCCGACUAUGCAGCUCACGAAGUGGACAGUCUGUCGGAGUCAUGGCGUGCGGCGUUGGACGCCGAAGCGCUCAUCUAUACGGCCACGCAUUAUCGGCAUGGCAUUUGUUCCGUGUUCAGUCGCAGUCAGGGUGGUCAGGUGACCCUGACGCUGUGCAUUGAGGAUCAUCAGUUCCAGCCGAAGAACUACUGCAAUGGCCGAUGGCGUUCGCAGUGGACGGUGACAUUUGCUCCGGGUUCUGGGAGUGCUGCUGCUGAGCUCAAAGGUAUCCUUAAGGUGCAGGUGCACUACUAUGAGGACGGUAAUGUACAACUCGUGUCGUCGAAAGAAUGUCGCGAGUCGGUGAUUGCUACAAAUCCUACGGCUACUGCCAAAGAGAUUUGCCGGUUGAUCGAGGAGGCAGAGAAUGACUAUCAGACUGCCAUCUCGGAAAAUUACCAGACAAUGUCUGAUACCACAUUCAAGGCGCUUCGGCGUCAAUUGCCCGUGACAAGGACCAAAAUUGAUUGGUCCAAGAUCAUCUCCUAUCGAAUUGGCAAGGAGCUCACGCAAUAAUGUUGCCCAAUGCAUUUAAAACAAAAAGAAAAUAUAUUUCAAAUCAUGAUGAUUGAACAUUGUCCUCCCAAGCAAAAACAUCUCCUCGCCACAUUCAGUGAAUUUAUUCCCCAGAUUUUCCCUGUCCCUUCCUGAGAUGUCGCGCAAUCAAAACACACGAAUGGAAACGUAAAUGUCCUUAAUGGGAUUUUGCCCUGCAAAAAAAACCUCAAGGAAGAGGGAUAAUAAUUAAUAAAAUAGAUAAAAUCUUUCUUAGAUAAGAAUGAAGAAAUCAAUGAAUUAUUGAAGAAAAAAAAAGAAGAAAAGAAUUUUAGAGGAUGAUGAGAAAAAUGAACCUUAAAUCGAUUAGGGUGCUGAAUUGAAUAAGUCUUUUAUUUCUAAUUCUCCCUUAUCUAUCCUUCGAAACAAAAAAAAAAAACUUACAAAUUGAUAGGAUUCCCAGAAUUUGCAUUCUUUUCAUGUCAAUUGCCAUUCUUUUUUUUCUGGUUCUUUUACAAUAAAAUCCUGAUAGCUAAAUGAUAAGCACGAGAUUUAGAGAGAAACAUGAUAAGAGAUCCCUUCGCUUUUUGUAAUCUUGUGUCUUCGGCAAUCAAUAUGAUUUUUUUUUAGAAACUACUCUACUUCGAAAUUUUGUUAUGACAUAACAUUUUUAUAAAUAAUUAUUACAACUUAUAUACAAUAAAUAAAUAAAUAUCAAAAAUUGUUUAAGAAA